AUGCCCGAUCGCUGCGCCAUAUUAGACGAUCUGCUGAAUCACUGCUACCAAAGUGCCACCUUCCGGGUAAUCUCGCGGGUACGUAAACGAAUGCGUCCGAGUUCAGGCUCGAACCCACUCAUUCAGCGCGACUGUAGGGUCGCAAGUAGUUUGAACGGGGAUCUGCAUUAUGCCGUGCCGACGGAAUCCGGUCAGGCGGUCUACGCUUCUUGA